GGAAACAGAAGGAGUGGGCAUCCGCCGCCGUGCAGCAAGAAGAAGAAGAAAAAGAAACUUCGAGGAAAGAUGCACGAAGAGGAGGAUGGCAGCGAAGAAGCAGCACAACACUCCUGCACAGCGGCCCGGAUCGUGGCCUCCAGGUCGGUGGAUGUCGCCGAGGUGGAGGGAGCCAGAGACCAGGCCAACAAGCUCUGCGGAUACUUGAACAAACUGUCCGGCAAGGGGCCCCUGAGGGGUUACAAGCCGAGGUGGUUCGUGUACGAUCCGAGGAAGUGUUAUUUGUAUUACUUCAAGACUCCCCAAGAUGCCUUGCCUCUCGGACACAUCGAGAUAGGAGAUGCGAGCUUCAGCUACGAUGUGGAAGGAGAAGAGGGUCAGUUUGAGAUCCGCACAGCUGGCAAGGAGUUCCUCCUGAAGGCGCCCACCAAGCAGGUGAUGCAUUACUGGCUCCAGCAGUUGCAGCAGAAACGUUGGGAGUACAGCAGCACACGAGGCUCCGGUCAGAGAGACAGCUGGAGCUCCCCGACCCUGGCCUACCCUCCCACCGGCCUUGUAGGCAAAGACAAUGAUGUGGUCUUUGAGAAGCUGAGUGACAGCAUGGAGAAGGUCCGCAGCGACUUUGCCAUGGAGACAGACACAGAUGGCGGUGGGAUGGUGGGGAUCCAGUCCGCCAGAGGGCCUUCUGCUGCGUCCACAAACCCCCUCAACUUCUCCCUCAAAAACUUCGGUACAGAACUCAGGAACUCCAUGUCUUAUCUGCGGCCGGGCAGGGGAGGUGAGAGCAGACGCAGUGUGUUUUAUACCCAGAGCAGCCACAGUGCGGAGGAGUGGGAACUGGUGGACGCUCCACCCAAGGACUUCCCCGAACAGAAACAUCAUCCAGACACACACAGACAUUCCUUUGGAUCAGCGUUUGCUUUCGACUUUGCGCGCAACUCGUCGCGGACUAAGAGGCCUUUGCUGAUGGGCAAAGGCUCCGGGAGGUUCGGGCGCAGUGCUGAGACGCGCAGUGCCGAGAACUCCCCGGUGGAGUGUAACGGCAGCAAACCUUUCGAGAUGCAGCUUCGCCUCCAGAGCCAACAGGAAGAACUGAGCCGCAUGCAGCAGGAACAGGCCAAACUCAGAGAAGAGCUGGCCAGUCAGAAGGAGCUGGUGAGACUUCUGCAGCAGACUCUGAGGACCUCCCAGUGCGACCGGCAGCCAGCACGCCGUCCACCCCCGCCUCCAGAUUCAUCUGUGGCUUCAGACCAGACUCAAGGUUCGGCAGUAACCAGCCAGGAAGACGUCGCCCAGUUGGAGGCCCUGCUCAAGGAGAGAGACGAACAGAUCCAGUCCCUGUGUGGCCACAUGGAGCGUCUCGCCUUGGAGAAGGAGAGUCUGCAGCAGGAGCUGAAGGGCCUGAAGAUAAAGGUUGGGGAGAUAAACGACCAGCUGGGGAUGCUGAUGGAGACCAUCCAGGCCAAGGAUGAAGUCAUCAUCAAGCUGUCGCAGGAGAGCGACGAGCAGAGCGGCAAUUCAUGCGACGGUUCACCACCGCCAAACAAAGAUCAGCACGAGGUGGACAUCCUCAAGGACAGUCUUCAAGGCUACAAAUCCCAGAACAGGUUCCUGAACAAAGAGAUCCUGGAGCUGACAGUAUUACGCAGAAACGCAGAGAGUAGAGAAAAGACUUUAGAAGCAAAGUAUACGGCCCUGGAGGCCAAGCUGUGUCAGGUGGAGAGUAAGUAUCUGGUGCUGCUUCAAGAAGUGAAGAACCCGGUGUGUUCCUCCUCGGAGCAGAGCCCGGCUCGAGAAGUCAUCUCCAGAUUAUUAGAGGAUGCGCUGCAGGUGGAGAGCUCCGACCAGCACGAGCACCCCAUCUUUAAACCAAACACUGUCAGUGAAUACGACACGUUUGGCUUCAAGACGGUCCCCGAGGAGGAGGAAGAGGAGGAGAAGCUGGAUGCGAAGGUGAGAGCUCUGGAGCUGAAAUCCCUGUCCAUGACGGAUCAGGAGGUGUCCGUCGGGGUGAAGUGGGAGAACUACCUAACCAGCACCGUGAACAGAGACCUGGUGCGCGCCCCUGAGCUCAAGGGCCUGUUUCGCUACGGCGUGCCCCACGAGCACCGGUCCCAGGUGUGGCGCUGGUGUGUCGCCUUCCAUGUCAAGAAGUUUCGGGACCACCUGGCGCCCGACUACUAUGAGACCUUACUAAAUGUGGCACGGGACAAGCCCAACCCGGCCUCGAAGCAGAUCGAGCUGGAUUUGCUUCGUACUUUGCCCAACAACAAGCACUACUCCUCCCCGAGUGCAGGCGGCAUCCAGAAACUCAGGAACGUCCUGAUGGCUUUCUCCUGGAGGAAUCCAGAUAUCGGCUACUGUCAGGGGCUGAACAGGCUGGCAGCUAUUGCAUUGCUCUAUCUGGACCAAGAGGACGCCUUCUGGUGCCUCAUAGCCAUCGUGGAGGUCUUCAUGCCGAGAGACUAUUACACCAAGACUCUGCUCGGCUCACAGGUUGACCAGCGUGUGUUCAAGGACCUGAUGAGUGAGAAGCUCCCCCGGCUUCAUGCCCACUUUGAGCAGUACAAGGUAGACUUCUCCCUUAUCACCUUCAACUGGUUCCUGGUGGUGUUCGUGGACAGUGUGGUGAGCGACAUCCUCUUCAAGAUCUGGGACGCCUUUCUAUAUGAAGGUCCAAAGAUCAUAUUUCGCUUCGCCCUCGCUCUCUUCAAGUACAAAGAGGAAGAGUUUUUGAAGCUGCAGGACUCCACCGCCAUCUUUAAAUACCUUAGAUACUUCACACGCACAAUCCUGGAUUCAAGGAAGCUGAUGAACAUCGCUUUCGGGGACAUGAACCCGUUCCCCAUGCGCCAAAUCCAGAACCGCCGCUCCUUCCACCUGGAGAAAGUCCGUCUUGAGCUGACCGAGCUGGAGGCGAUCAGACAGACCUUCCUCAGGGAGAGGGAGACGACUCAGGACAGACGGAGCUUCGUCAGCGACGAUGAGGAGGAUAACUGACCUUAAGCUUGUCGCAUAUGAAGACAGAGAGAUCAUUGCCAUAGAUACGCCAGUGACGUGUCGCAGUUGUAAAGGGAUUUUUCCUAAAGGAUUGUUGGAGUUAGUCUCCGAAUUAGCCGGACCAAUCAACUUAAUAUUCAUUUUGAGUGAAAACGCAUCAAAAGACCAAAACAUUGCAGGCUGAAAAGGCUUUCUAUAUCAGUAUUCCUGCCUUUUUUUUUUUUGUAAAUGCUUUAUUUGUUGUAUGCUUGUGUGUUUACGUGGCAGCCAAAACAAAAUGCCUUAUCCACGGCUCUUCAACCUUCAAUGCCAAGCUGCACUCUUGCAGUCCGAAUCAGUAUUUUUUAAAACCAUGGCUGUGAUCUUUUAAUAGUUUGUGAUUUUAUGCCUGUUGAAGGAAUGAUUGUAUUUUUUUUUUUACUACUCUUGUUUUCAUUUUUGCUUUCUCUGCCUACAGUUCCUUUCUUAAAAUUGUUUACUCAAAUUUAUAUUUUCCACAUUGCCACUCAACAGCACAUCUUUUGUGUUUGAUCCCUGUGUUUCUCAAUGCACUUGAAUCACUUAUGCUGAAAUUCAAAUGUUGCUGAAACUUAAAGUCUUAGAGCCUUCUGAUCACGAAUCAUUCCAGCCUCUAGCGGAGUUUGUGGUUCAAAAGAAUACACACAAAGCGUGAUUUAAAGCGUCCCAUGUAUUAUCACUUCCAUACAUGUAGAACAUUUUGGGGAAGAGUGUAUUUUUGUUUUCAUUAUCUCAGGAUUCAGAUCAAAUAACUAGAGACACACCAGUUAAGCCAUCAUAGUAACAACUGGUGUCAGCCGGUGUUGUCUUUUUAAGUAAUAUUGGUCAUUACAGUUUAUCUGUCCAUAUUUGGGAGAUUGUUUUUUCUAGGAGUAUCACUCUUAAUAUGUUAUUUUAUACCUAAAUACCACUUAAUUACUUAAUAUUCUUAAAGAAAUUUUUGUUUUGCACCUACAUUUGUACUUAAACUAAAGAAAAAAAUUGUGUAACAACCACUGGAAUUGGUUUAGAGAAUAUUUAGAAAUCGUCAUUGACUUCAAAAACACCAUAUCAGUGAAUCCCUACAAAUUAUUUUAUUAUAACUAUUCUAAAAGUCUGUGUAUUAAGAUUAAUUUGCCUUGCCUUGUUUUAGUUAUGUUCUUGACUUUUCCGAACAUUAGUUGGGGUUGUUGGGUGUUUAAAGGAUUCAAUUUCCCGUGACUAAAACCUAUUUUACAAGAUACACAGUACAUGUAUAACACUGGGAUUACUCUUCUGAUGUAUUUGCAUGUAUUGUCCACAGUGUGGCAGUAUAACAUCUGUCUACCCAGUGUUUACACUAGUUCACAGAAGCCCUUCACACAGUAUGGUGUUAGAGUUUAUUAUACCGUAUUGAUACAUGAUCGUUGUGCAAAAAUGGAAAUAUGAUUUGUAAUCCAUGAGGGAAGUGUUUCAGGAGAUUUCUAGACAUGUGUAGCAAUAUCUUUCCGUCUCCCACAUCCAGGUACUUAACAGAAGACAGUUUACUCUUUAGCACUGUGACCAUAUUCUCUAUUAAACCCGCUUUACAGUUUCUACUGUUAAAGUCUUGCUUAGAAAGAAACCAUGUUUAUAUCUGGUUAAUCAACAGUGUAAAACUGUUGUUUGAAUGGGAAUUUACAAGAGAGGAAGAAGUUUUUCUCACUUAGCCCCUUCUCUUGUGUGCUGAUUUAUUGUUUACAGUUUGUUAUAACUUUUAAUUUCCUUUUAUUUUUAUAUUACUUUGAGCUGUUGAAUGUUGAUUUUUCGUCGCUGUUAAUUACAAAAUGACUGCCUUUUCUCUGCUACAGUAUUGUCAGCUACAGCACCAUACCUGACUUUUUACCCACCUGAACUUGAGAACAAAUGGCAGAAUUGUGGUUGUUUUGACGAUUGAAAUGUGAAUGAAAAAAGACCCGUAGACGUAGAGAUUUAAUUUGUUUUUCUCCAUGAGAGCAGGUCUCUCUAGUGAUUUGAUCAGUUAAAGAUUAAAAAGUUUUUUAGGUCACACAUUUUGUCAAAGGGCUCAUACAGCAGGUUUGCUCAUAUUUGAAUACGCAUCUGUUCCAAGGCUAGUUUGCAUGCUUUUAUUUGUUUUCUGUCAGUUUCAUUUUCACAUGGAAUAAGCUACAUUUAAUGUCAUCAACUAUUCUUUCUUUCUUUUGCUUUUCCCAGCAAUGUAUUUGCACAAGAUGACUUCAAAAAACUAUAGUGCACUUCACUUUUCCUAUGUAAAUCUCUACAGUAUCUUGUUCAUUUUAAUCUAUCAUUUAAUGAUGAAUAAUGCAAAGCUUUUAUGUUACAGAAUUACUUUAUGCCACUGUAUGUUUUUACCAGUUGAAAGACAAAUUCAAUAAACAAUGGCUGACUGAGUA